AGCUCCCCAAGCAUCGUCACGCCCGUAUAAAAUGCCCUCCCCGUCGUGCCAUGUUCAUGUCACAACGCAACGCAAAGCUCUCUCUCUCUCUCUCCCCCUCUCCGCUCAGGACAUCAAUAGGGAGAGCUUCGUCAGUCACAUUUGAUACCGUUUCACCAUAAUGGGGGCUAAUUCUCCACAUUCUUUCAUCGUUUCCCUCGGCUUCAAGGGUCUCGACUCCGAUGACUCGAAUGGGUCUCCGAAGGGCAGGCCGGCCGUGAGCAAGAGGAGGCUUCAGGCCAAGAAGAGGCUAAGGAUCAUCAGGAGAAGAGGGCUGAACAACAUCGAGAAGAGAAGCAGGGUCGGAGCCUCGAGGGGCGUCCCGAGGUGCUCGCGGAAGAUUGAGCGGCGGGUCCGGACGUUGAAGACGCUGAUCCCGAACAGCGAGUCGAUGGGUUUGGAAGGGUUGUUCCGGGAGACGGCAGAUUACAUACUAGCUCUCGAGAUGAGAGUGAAGAUGAUGAAAAUGGUGGUUGACAUGUUCUCAGGUUCUAGUGACCAGUAAUUACUCAAAACUACGACCCUGUAGAGAAGCCAAAGCCUCAUUCUUUCCUACCCAUUUUUUUUCCUUUUACAUCUUUCUUUUCUUCUUCUUAUUUUCCAGUUGUUAAAUGUGUUUAAUUAAUGCGAUUCUUGGCCGGUUUGUUCGAGGUCAGAUAAAUCCGCAGCUACUGUUAGCACCUUUUGAUGUUGUCGUCCUCAUUAUUUAAGAGUAGAUUGGUUGAUUCAUGAAUUUGUCUGAAGAGAGAGCAUGAUGGUAGCUCCUCAUUUACA